AUGGCGGUGGCAGUGGCCACGGGCCAGUCUGGAGGCACCCCGAAUUGGCAGGCCAUGGAGGCCAGCCCACCUGAGCGCAUGGAGAUGGCUCAUGAGCGGAUCAUGGGUGCAGCGGAGCAUUCGUUUGGGCAGAUGAAUGCCGCACAAGCUUCAUGGAGUGUUAUGGCGACGCGAAGAUCUACGCCGGCGUGGAUUCAGAGGCUUGGAGCUUUUUUCCAGGAGAUGAGAAGCCAGCAGACAGCUUGGCCGCCUUCGCCUCUGGGAUCACCGCCGGCAAGGCCUAUGCAGAGCCAGCGAGGCUCGCCGGAAAUGGAGCAGCGAGGCUGGGGUUCCCCGGUGUUUUUGAGCCCGGAGCAACAGGAGCAGUUUCGCAGGAUGGAACAGAGAGCGCCACUCCUGUAUGGGCCGCCUCGAGGAGAGAGACAACCGGAGGGCAAUGGCAGCUCUGGUGGGAGCACCUACGAAGCGGUGCCGGAGGAGGUCAAGAGGCGCAAGAUCUACGACAAGAAGUGGAGCUUCUGCGUACAGCGAGAGGACAGGAUACUUGACUGGUCAGCAAGCAGAGGUGGAGAUUGGCGCCACAGCAGGCUCGUCUACCAGAGAGGGAUCGGGCGCACAAGCAACUAUGCCUACAACCGGGGCGUCGGGUUUAUGUGCAGGACUGCUACAAGUACGGGACCUGGUGGGCAAAUGGGACAGGCUAUACCUUUGUCUACGGGCCUGGGCGAGGGAAUUAGCCAGCAGCUGUCGGCAGCUCCGACAGGACAAGGACCACAGAGCGCGGCAACGAUGAUUCCUGGAGCGAUGACGGGAUCUGGUGGCGCAACAGCUGGAAGCUCGGACCCUAUGUCAAGGCUUCUGGAGGGACUCGAGAAGGUCAUCAAAGGAGGGAAGCCAGAAGAGCUGAGCAAGGCCGUAGAUGCACCCAAGUUGCCUGAAAUUUCGGAGUCGUCAUCGGUGGACUUUGGGGAUUGGCUGUACCUCAUAGAGCAUGUGAUGAGUGACCUUUCAACGUCCAGUGCAGAGUGGUGGGCUACAGUUGUGAAGGAUGCUCAAGAUUUCUAUGAAAGGUACCAGGCUGCAGACCAGUUUUCGAGAUUGUCUAUGAAGCCAACAGCGUCCCCAACCCUCAACGAGGUAAGAUGGAGUCGUUUGGACCGGAGGGGUGCAACUAUAUUGCUGGGAGCUACUCCAGAUGACAUCAAGAAGGAGUUGGUCGCGACGAGGACAAGGACAACUCUGGAGGUUCUGGCGAGGCUCAUGGUUAUUUAUCGUCCGGGCAGUGCUUUGGAGAAGGGUCAGUUGCUUCGGAGGAUUGAGAGCCCGGAUACUGCAGCUACAGUACAAGAAGCCAUCGAAGGGCUUAGGCAGUGGCUGAGACACUACCAGAGGGCCAGAGACCUGAAGUUGUCGGUUCCAGAUCCGUCGGUGACUCUUCGAGGAAUAGACCAGCUGGUCAAGAAGCCGAUCCAGGAGUCGGUCUUAGCGGUGCACCGGGCGCUUCUGGCAGAGUUCGAGCAGAUGGGUUUCAAGAAGAAGGCCAAGCAGGUCCAGGAGGGCCCCCACGGCUGCUACGCCAACGUCACCUUCGUCUACUGGGAAAGGAGCAAGGAUCUCAGCAAGGCCGAAAGACGUGACCGAUGCUAUGAGUGUGGGGCGAAGGGUCACAUGGCUAUGGCUUGCCCAACGAGGAAAGAAGCGCAACAGAAGGCGGUUUCUGCCGGAGAUUCGCCUAUGUCCUCUACGGGGGGAACGAGUGGUCGUGGAGCAAAGGGAGGCAAGGGACAGCGAGUGGGUGACCAAGGGGAUGCAGGAGUCCCUCAGUCGGCUACUACUUCUACCACGACACCCACCCCGACGGCAACGGCGACAGAAACCCCGGUGCAAGGUGUCCCGGUGGAGCAGCUGAUUGAAGAUGCUCAGAAGCUGAUGAAAGCUUUUAUGGAGCAGAAGGCGCAACCUACGGUGCAGGCACUCCGGGUAGAUGAGUCCGUGUUUACAAGGAGAUGCGAAGCACCAGCGCUGCGCGAGUUCAUGAAGCAGAAUGAGGACCUGAUCCGCAUGAAUCGUAUGGGACUCUUGGAUUCGGGUGCGACUCACCCGCUACGUGCUCGCAAUGAGCGAGACCAGCCCGGGACCAUGGACAACGUCAACGUGACCUUGGCUGGAGAAACGCGGGUACAAAUGGAGCAAAACAAGGCGGGAACCUUUAUCUCGCAUCAAGACGCACAGCCGAUAGUACCUCUGGGAACAUUGGUCAAGGCUCUCGGCUACGAGUUUGUUUGGGAUCGCAAAGGAUGUGGUCUUCGACACCCGGACAGAAAGGAGGUUCGAGUGUAUACGAGGUCAACUUGCCCAGAGGUUAUGCAAUGUGACGCGCUUCGUUUGAUCGCUGAGUUGGAGGAGGCGAAGCUCACGGAGACGAUGAGUUCGUUGGCACAGCUGAAGGCCUCGGUUGCAGCCGCUAGAGAACACCAGGAAAAGAGUUGGAGGGAUCAUGUGCGGGACUAUGUCACUUCGGGGGUGUAUGAGGAUGGGGUCAAGGCGGUGAUGUGUGCUCCCUUCAUGCACCAUGUGCCUAUGAGAGACCAGCUACAGACGAUUGUUCCCAUGCCCAAGGACGAAGGUGAAGCUUGGCAGUGGAUGAAGAGGUUUCCGAUGAACAGGGCCAAGAGGAGGACUUUGUGGCAGACAAGAGACUGGACUGUCCAUAUGUUCUCGGGAGCUGGAGUGAAGAACGAUCCUCUACGUGAUCUUCCUGGCCUGGUGGAGAUCGAUAUAAAGAAGGGUUGGGACCUCAACGAUGACAAGAUCUAUGGGGUGGUGUUGUGGAUGGCAAAAGAGGGGCGAGUGAAGCACGUCAUUGGUGGACCGCCCGCAGGAACGUUCGCUCCAUGGCAUUACAAGAAAGAUCAAGAAGGACGUCACAGGCCUCUACGCUCGACACACGAACCUUGGGGGCUUCGCGAAGGCCUCAAUCCAGAUGAGAGCUCAAAGGUCCUCAAUGAGAACGUCAUGCUCUGCAAAAUGGUGUGGCUAUGGUUGUGUGCUGAAGCGGCGCAUGAGGGCCAAGAGGGAGAUCAUGGCAGGCACCAUGUUGGUUUUUGUAUGGAGUACCCGGAGGAUCCUCACAACUACAUGCCGGAGGGAGAGCAUCGUGAUGCGUGUGUUUCGUUGUGGAGAACCGAGUUCAUGAAGGAGUUUACAAAGGAGACCACCCAAUAG